UCUGGUAUGUACACCACUAAGAAAUCAGCAACGCCGCUAAAAUCCUUCACCAGUGAAAUGAACGUCUGCCUGAACGCUCUCACCCACGGCGGUCAUGAGCAGCUACCGAAAUUUAGCACCAAUGGGCGUCCAGAACGCAUGAAGGUGCUAAGUUGAAGAGUUUCUUUUCCAUCAAGCGUCAACACAGUUGUAUCCAGCAUCGGUUGUCCCUGUCGAACUACUGGUCGCGGGUCAUUGAUGUCGUAGUUCACCUCCUGCACAGCCACCGGCGGCAGCGACUCGGAGUCAAAUCCCUCAGUGCCGACGACGCCUUCUGAGUGGUCGCCGUCCAUUAUCGGCUGAUCGUGCUCAGCCCUCCCACCUCGAUCCCGUUCUGCAACUGUGCAUUCGUGGCUGCGGAAGCCAUACACUAGCCUGUUACUCCGGCGCCGAGAUACCACACUCACUGCCGAUUUGAACCUUGGAAAGCUAUCCACAUGGAUGCGUCCAACAGCGGGAAAUCCAGGCAUCAAGUACUGCACGUCAGAGCUGAUCGAGAUGCGGUGCAGAAGAAGACGUUCACCAAAUGGAUCAACUCACAUCUGAUGAAGGCUGGAGUGAAAGUCAAUGACCUAUACGAAGACCUGAGAGAUGGAAAGUAUCUUCAGAUGCUCCUGGAGAUGUUUACCGGCAUCAAAUUGAAAAUGGAGAAAGGGCGGAUGCGCGUGCACCAGCUGACCAAUCUCAACAAACUGAUGGUGUUCCUUGGCGAGCAAAAGAUUGACACACUAAACAUCACCAGCACGGAUAUACUGGACGGCAACCCAAAGUUAACGCUUGCCUUGGUCUGGCGAUUGAUCCUGCACUAUCAGCUCUCAAACAGCGGCAGUGUUGGUCUUGCUGAGUUGAAGCAAGUCAUUUUGGAAUGGUGUCAAAAUGUCACUGAAGGGUAUGACGGUGUUCAGGUCACAAACUUUACAACCAGUUGGAAAAGCGGCCUGGCACUGAAUGCCAUUAUCAACCGAUACAGACCUGAUCUCAUUGAUUAUGAUUCUCUGGACCAAUCCAAUCAAGCAGGAAACCUCGAGAAUGCCUUUGAGGUUGCGGAGAAGGAAAUCGGUGUGCCCAAACUGCUUGAUGUUGAAGAUCUCUUGAUGGCAGUUCCGGAUGAGCGCUCAGUUCUGACCUACAUUUCAUUCUACAUAAAAGCCUUCCCGGACGAGAUUCCUCCACGGAGAAGCGGAUUCGAUCCUGUCAAUGAAAAGCUCACGGCGUACGAGAAAUGUGCCCGGCCUUUGAUGGCAUGGCUGAAGGAGAAAACACAGCUGAUUCUGGAUGCAGAAGAAGAGCCUCUACCCGAAUUACUGGAUGAAAUGAAAGAUCUGGAUGUUGAAGGACUAGUGCCCCAGAGUGAAGUAGAUGUCAAGGCAUCGGACAAAAGCAAAGUAGCACCACUCUACAAGGAGCUACAGGAUCUCAUUGCUGAACGGCAGUCGGAGUUGUCAGUACCUGAUGGCUUGCACGUCAAUGACAUUGACUCGGCGUGGGAAGAGUUCAUGACUGCACUGGAAGCACGAAGAUCUAAGAUCCAAGACCACACCAACAAGUUGGAGACACAAGCAAAGCUGGAUGCAGAGAAUCAGCAGCUCCAGGAAAGUUGGAAUGACUACGAGGACGUCAUCAAGCCAUUGCUUCUGUGGAUCAGUGCGCAACUGGAUGAGCUCAGCCCUGAUGACCUUCCCAGUAAUAUUGCUGAAGUGCAGACUUUGCUGGACAAGAUUUCUGACCAGAAGACCUCAAGCGAAUGGAAGGAGAAGUCCGGAAUCAAAGACAACGGAGAAGGCUUUUUCAAGAAGUUCCUGGAACUCAACUCCACUGCUGCAGCGCCAAUGGACAUCCCUGAAGACCUGCAUUUUGACACUAUUGAAACGGCUUGGCAAAGACUCAUGGUCGGCAAGGAUGAGGAGGUUGCCAGAGUUUCCGACCACUUGAAGAAGCUCCAGGAAGCAGCAGCAACGGAAGAGGCUGAGGAAAGCUGGGAGCAGUAUGAGGAAGUAGCCGCUCCCUUGAUGAGCUGGAUCGGCGACAAGCAAGGCGAGCUGGAUGGCUGGGAAUUGCCGCAGGACUUGGAGGCUGUGGAGGCUCUCCAUUGCAAGCUUCAAGAGGAGGCUGAGUCAGAGGAAUGGAAAAGCAAUGCGCAAGCAAAGGAUACUGCCAAAGAACGAUUUGGUGUCUUUGAGGAUCUGAACUCGCACAGUCCCAAUCCAGUGUCCGUGAAGGAAGGCCUGCACUACAGAGAUGACAUUGAGAAGGCAUGGAGCAAACUCAUGGAUGGAAGGAAGAGUCAAAUGGAAGCGGUUUCUUCAGAGCUGGCACGUAUGCAAGAACAGAAGUCGUCCCAAGAUAAGGCUGAUGGCAGCUGGGACCAGUAUGAGGCAGUAGCAAGUCCAUUGAUGUCCUGGAUCCAGGAGAGACAAUCUGAAAUUGAUAAUGCAGACAAGUCCAAGGGCAAAGAAGAGUUGGAGGCUCUUUUAGAUCUAAUGAACAAUGAUGAGGACUGGAAGCUCAAGUUCCCUGUCAAGCGCAACUCGGAGGACCUGUUCAGAACAUUUCAGGAUCUCAAUACAUCGUGCCCGGCUCCUCUCUCCAUCAAAGACGGUCUCCAUUAUGAUGAUGAUGUGCUCAAGGCAUGGAACAAGCUGAUGGCUGGCAGAGACGACUUGAUUUCAGCAAUCACAGCGCAGAUGAAAAGGAUGCAGAACGAAGAAGCAGAGACUGAGAAGGCCACUGGUAUGUGGGAUCAGUAUGCAGCUGUGGCAGUCCCGCUCAUGGCAUGGAUUGAAGAAAAACAAACAGAGCUGGAUGAACAAGCAGUUCCAAGUGACCUGGAGGCGAUCAAGGUGUACCUGGACCAACUGAAGGAGGAGAAGACAUCGGAUGAAUGGAAGAGCAAAUCAGGUUCAAAGGACACCGCAGAGGAGCUGUUUGUGGCCUUCAAGAAACAACUGGUCUACUUGUCCACCCCAUUACCUAUCAAAGAAGGACUCCACUUCUUUGAUGACAUGGAAAAGGCCUGGAACAAGCUAAUGGAGGACAAGAAUCAACACAUCUCUGAAGUUGACAGCAACUUAAAGAGGCUCCAAGAUGAGAAAGCAGCCCAGGAAAAGAGUGAAGCUUGCUGGCAAGCCUAUGAAGACACCGCCUCGCCGCUCAUGGCCUGGAUUCAAACAGAACAAGACUCCGUGCAUGCCGUUGCAGUGCCUGAAGAUCUGGAAGAAUUGAAGGCUCUCGUGGAUGAUCUCCAGAAGAAAAUUGAAUCACCGGAAUGGACUGAACAGAAAGGCAACAAGGAGAAGGCCGGAACCUACUUUUCAGAGUUCUUGGAUGCUAACUCCCAGUGCCCAGAGCCUGUCUCAGUGAAGGAUGGUCUGCACUACGAUGACGAUGUACAGAAGGCUUGGGAUGCAUUGAUGACAAGUCACGAGGCUGCACUGCACGCUGCGCAAGAACAACUUGCCAAAAGGCUGCAGGAUGAAAAGGCAAAGCAGGAGAGAGCCGAGGAAAGCUGGCAGCUGUAUGUGGCCACUGCUGGACCACUGUCGGAGUGGAUAUCCAAGAAGGAUGAAGAGCUCAAGAGUCUUGAGUUGCCAGCCAGCAUUGAAGCUGCCCAGGAGUUACAGGAGGCACUAACCAACAUGAAAGACUCGGAAGAUUGGGCAACCCAGGCUGGAAACCUUGAAAAAGCAGACAAGCUUUUCAAGGACUUUGAGGUGGCCAAUAGCGAAAGCAAGACUCCAGUUUCGGUUACAGCUAGCCUGCAUAUGAGUGAUGACAUUCAACCAGCCUGGGACAGUCUGAUGAAGACCCUGGAUGAUGUGCGAGAUAAUGCUGCAGCUGAUCAUCUUGUCAAGCUAAAGAAGAAAGCUGAACUGGACCAUGCCCUCGAGCAGGUGGAGAUUGUUUGCGGAAGCCUGGAAGAUAUCAAAGACAAAGUGGAGACCUUCCAAGCAGAUCGAGGAGAGCCAAGUACUCGUGACAACAUGAAGAUCACUGUUGGUGAACUUCAAGACGAGCUUAAGGACUGGCACAGGCUGCAUGAGGAGGUGAAGCAGCUGUGUGGUGAACUGGACCAAGCACCUGAGCACUUUCCCGAGGAUGCAAGAAAGAGUAUAUCGGAGAUGGAUGCUUUACCCGACAUCGCUGAUGUACUUGCCAAGAGAAUCACUGCAUCUGACGAUGCUCUAGUCAUCCUGGGCUCUGUGGAUGAGAUCAUGGAGGUUUCUUUCGGCAAGGCUUUUGAGGAGAAUUAUGACACAUUCAAAGAGAAAGUGGAUCGGCUGAACAGCGACCAUGCUGCUUACCAGGCCAAGCAAUCAGAGCAGCUGGGCGAGAGUGGCAGCAACCCACAUGACCUGGAGCAGCAAGUCAAUGCCUGCUCCGUGCACUGGAAGGACCUGUGCUCGCUACUGAGCUCCGAUGUGGGCAAGCCAGUUGAGGAUGCUGACGCGUGGCUGCAGAGCAUAGAGGAUCGCCUGGAGAAGCACAGUCCCCUGCUACACCGCUCCAAUGAUGUUGAAGACAAGCAACUAUCACCGCUCAAGAUUCUAAGUGUUGAGGUAUCGUCGCGUGUACCUGGAAUUCUGGACAUUGCAAAGCGAGGAGAAACGGUUACUGUGACAGAUGGUGGCCUGGAUGUGAAAAUGCUCGCAGCCAGUCUGCCGCAGAGACUGCAGGCAAUCAGUGCGGAGUGUGAGAAUCGAGUGAAGUGUGCACAGCUGGAGGUUGCUUCACUCUCACAGUAUGAGUCGCAGUUGAAUUCCCUGAAGAACUGGCUGGCUUGGGCGGAAGGUGAACUUGACAGCCUAAGACGUCGCCAUGAUGAGCCCAAGGCAAUCCAGGGACAAGUUGCUCAAUGUCAGAAAUUGUUGUCAGAUGUGCUAGCACACGAGCCCUAUGUCUCUGCGACGUCCAAGCAUGGUGACGAGUCAGUUGAUAUUGCAAAGAACUUCGACACAUUGGUGGAUGAGUAUAGGACUGCGCUUGAGGGCUCAACUGUAUCCGAAUCUCAGACACUUGAAGCAGCUCUGGACGAGGAAUACAAACACGAGAAAGAGCCAAUAGCAAGAGAUGCAAUACCAAGUGAAGUGGGAGAGGUGAAGCAACAGUAUGAUAACCUUGUGAAUGUGUUUCAACGUCGCCUCCUACGCCUUGAAAGCAGGCUGGAGAAGGCCACUCAUGUUCAGGGUCUCUUCGACAAGCUGAAAGCUUUCUUGGCGGGUAGUGAGGAGACCUCUUUGCUGGGAGAGUCGUCACUACUGCCAGCUGAUGUUGAUGUGCUGGAGCACCACAUCGGUGAAGUGAACUCGCUCACGGAGGCCAUUGAGGAUAGUUUUGUCAUCCUGGACAGUGCCACAAGUGCAUUAGAAGACUUCGAGACAGACGUAGAGGAGGACGAAAUCAGUUCCAAGGAUGGUGAUCAGACCGACUCUCCUGGCGUGCUCUCGGUGCUGGGCAGUGCCCUGAGGACCCUCAGGGAUAAAUCUGCAAAUAGCCUGUUGCUGUUGAGCGGCCUGAAAACUCAGCUAGACGAAUUCAACGAUGUCUGCGGUAGCCUUUCCGAAGCCAUGGGUCAAAUUGAAGCCGAGUUCCACGCCGAAGAAUCAGCAUCGUGUGACGUUGACGUACUAGAGAUGCAGGUUCAGCACACCGCUAACUUGAUGGCGAAACUCAAAGGCCAAGAAGAGCUUGUGGACAAAGCCAGAACUAUCUGUGCAGCUCUUGUUGCUCGCCAAGACUUACAAAGCGAAAGCAGGGAGAGCCUGGAGCGACAGCUACGAAGCCUGCAAGACUGGUACAGCAAGUUUGUGUCACUGUCGACGAUCCGCAUGGACCAGCUGCAGAAGACAAAGGCGUGCUUAUCAAAGUUCACCGAUCUGCACCGCGCAUUCUGUGAGUGGCUGGGCACUGCCGAAGUGCAAGCUGCCAACCAGAGUGCUAUCAGCGUGGACUGCAGUGCGCUGCAGCAGCAAGACCAAGACAGCAAGGCAUUUAUGGCUGACGUAGCUGGCAAGAAGCCAGACUUGGAUGAACUGAUCACAACUGGAGAACAGCUUGUCGAUAUCAGCAGCAAAACUGCAUCUGAACUUUAUACUCAACCAAGCACAGCUGAAGCAAAGGAUUCUGAUGUCGCACCAGGCCACGCCAGUGCUGCUGACACGGCUGAAGCUGGAGCAUCCCAGUCCGAUACUGCUGUCAUUGAGAACACAAACUGGGUUCAAACCGAAUGCCAGAAAGUGCCACAACGCUACGACAACCUGGCUGUGAGGUCUAGACAACGUGUCACGGAUGUUGAGCGAAUGCUCGGCCAGGUCAAGAUCUACACGGAAGACAAGGGCGAGCUAGAUACGUGGAUGACUGCGACCACUGCAGACCUAGAUGAGAUCGAGGCAUCCAGUGACGCAACUGCUGAGACGCUGCAAGAUUACUUGGCUAAAGUACAGGACAUUGUGGUCGGUCUGGACAGCAGAGAGUCAGGGAAGGACUCGACAUUGGACAAGGCCAGUGAAAUUCUAGACGACUACAAAUCACUGCUCGGUGAGGCACAGGAGGCAUUCAAGACAGCGCCCGUGGAUGAUGAGGGUGAACCACCUGAAACACCCCCAGCUCCAGCUCUGGAUGAAGCCAGCAGAAAAGCAGCUGCGGGUCUAGAGCAGGAUGCCGCCGACACUGCAGACAAAUGGAAAGACCUACGGCAACGAGCAGCGCGUCUUGAUGGUCAUCUGUCAGCGCGGCUGGACGUUGUGAAGGAUGCAAGUACCGCCAUGGAUGGUCUGGCCAAGUCACUAGCAGAACUGUCCAGCAAGGUUGACACUCUGUCACCGAUAUCAUGUGAUCGGAAGCAAUACGAUGAGCAGCAGAAAGAAACGGAGCUUCUUCAACUGGACCUGGCCAAGAUCAAAGCACAGUUUAGUGUCCUGGAUAAUGCAGCUGAGGUAUCCCCUGACCUGGCAGCUGCCCGGCAAAACGCUACUGAGCAAUGUGAUACUCUGGAAAAGCUGAUGUCCGGAAGGCUUUCAGCGUUUGAGAAGUGUGGAGAGCUGCUCGGUGCUGAUGAAAGCCUGGGAGAUUGGAUGGAUGAGAAAGACAGCACUCUUGAGCACCUUCUAGCAUCACCAAGCCGAGCUGCAAUAGAGGAGCUACUAGGAGAAAUGGAGAGCAAGGGAUCAGAAGUACAAGCACUGCGUGACGAAUGCAGCGCAGUGUGUGCUGAGUUCACAGACCAUGUGGAUUCAGAAGGGUACAGCAAUCAGUCGGAACGUGCUCAAGAGAGGUUGCGAUUGAUGAAAGAGAAGGCUGAAGGAUUGCUGAAGGGCGUAGCUGAAAGGGAAGGAGUAUGCGAACGCCAUCAACAGCUUAACAAUCAGCUUGAAGAAUUCAAUACCUGGCUUCAAACCUUUAAAGCAGAAGACCAUGGAGUGAUCGGUCUGGAAUUGGAGCCAAUUGAAGAGGUCUGCGCAUUGAGAAAGACCCAACAGGAGCAGCUCGACGGUAAGCUCAAUGAACUAAAACAGUUCCAAGCUUCAGAUGCCUUUGCUGAUCUUGACGUUGAUUCACUGGACGGGGACACCGAAAACGCAAUCACCAAGGCGGCUGAGAUAGUUGACAAGUACGACGAAGCAGCCAGCGCAGCCAAGCAAUCGUUGGACAACGCCAAUAGUGCUCUGGCCGUUGCACAAACCUUUGAGGAGCAGUUUGAAGAACUAUGUGCUUCGUAUAAACCGUUUGAGUUGUCCUUGAAGGCUGCAGAACCCCUAACCGGAGAGAUCGAGCAUACGCAAGAGCAACUAGAGAAAUUCAAUGCAUUGCAAAAGGAAAUAUCAGACAAGUUGCCACAUGUCAAUGAAGUCUGCGAUGAUGGCGACCGACUAAAGCAAAUGAGCGAGGUUGAUGAUGCGGAGAAGGACUCAUUCGCUGAGAGUGUCGAGGAGAUGCGUAGCCGGUGGGAGAACCUUCUGGCUGAAUGCAGUGCUAUGUGUGACAAGUAUGGCAGUGCAGCAGACAAAACUAGAGAGUUUGUAGAUGAUCAUUUGAACCCCAUCUCGGCAUGGCUGAAUGACAAGGAUGACAUGCUACGUGAUACAUUUAGAAUCGGAGGUGAUGCUACUGUGCUUGCUGAUCUGCAAGAGAAAUUCGACAACUUGUCUGAAGAAAUUAAGGAGAAAGAAGCCGACUACUUGGCUACUAUGCAGUGCGGAGAAAGUCUCAUGGCGGACGUUCUCGAUGAUAAGUCCUUUACCACUGAACAGCUCGAGGAGCUUACCCAGAUCUGGAACGACUCCAAGAGAGGACUUGCGACUCAGCUCCAGCGCCUGGCAGAUGCCAAGGAGAAGCUAGCCGAGUUUGUUCUUCAGUUGCCAGAGGUAGAAGCAGCACUGGACGAGGCGAUGGAAAAGCUGGAAGCCAUGGAGGAAGUAUCUCAUACCGACUUGAGCACAGCAGAAGCCCAAGAGCAAGAAAUUUUGGCCUUCUGGACAGAUGACUUGGAGCCAUGCUCAGAGGCUACGAGCAGUUGCCUGGAACUGUGUCAGCAAAUGAUCGACAGCAGCCCAGCAGACCGGCAAGACGAUCUGAUCAGCGUCCACGCAGAUCUCUCCGACAAGCUGGCCAGUCUUCAGCAAGCAUCAAAUGCUCGCAAACUGAAGAUCAAGGCUGCUCUACUGGAGCUGCGAGGCCUGGCUGACACUAUCGAGCUGCUGGAGACCUCACUGGAUGAUACAGAAAAGGAGUUAUCUGAACUGGAGAGAUUGAACGAGGAAGAGCAGAAUAAGAAGAAGUCUGAGAUUGAAAAGCUUCAAAGUCGAUUAGCGAGUUUGCGUAAAGAGCUCGAUGAUGUUCGUCCGGAGUUGGAAGCACUGAUCAAGGUCAAGCAGCAGCGUGAGCAGGCUGAUGCCGAGGCUGCGGCUCAGAGCAACCAAAUGCAAACUGUUGGCAUAAUGGAAACUCAGUUCAAUGCACUGAUGAAGAGAUCCCUUCAGCUUUCGGCGAACUUAGAAGAUGCGAUGACUGCUGCCAUUAUGUUCGAGGACGAAAAUUUCGAUGUGGAGGGCUGGCGUGAGAAAUUUGUCGGCUGGCUAGAUGAGAACGACAUCAACGUCGCAGAAGUAUUCCGCUCACUAGAUGUGGAUGGCAGCGAGGACAUUUCCAGGGACGAACUCUUCGAAGGACUAGCUAACUGUGGAUUUCCGAUGAAGGCAGCGCACAUUGACCAAGUGGUUGACCAUUUCGACGAAGACAGGAGUGGAGCAAUCGACAAGUGGGAAUUUCUCAUUGGUCUGCGUCCAGAGAGAAGAGUGCAAUUCGCAAAGGAAGCAAAGACAGACGAUGAGAAAAUCAACCAUGCCGUGAGAACAGCUGUGUCACGCUGCACUUGCAGUAAGCAAUUCCGACUGGACCAGAUCAACAACUUCACUUACCGGUUUGGCGACUCGCAGCUGAAGCGUAUGGUACGCAUUCUGCGCACUAAUGUCAUGGUGCGCGUUGGCGGUGGCUGGGAGGAUCUGAAUGCGUUUCUCAACAAACACGAUCCAUGCCGCGCUACCGGGAGAACCAACCUAGACCUGAGAAGACUACCCAAGCCGGGACAGGUCAAUGAUAUUCGAGUGAAUGUCAAGUCACCAACGUCACGCCAUCACCCGGCCAGCAAGUCCGGUACAGCAAGUGCUAGAACGUCUGUGUCUCACGGUACGAAGAGAGAGAGCUCGGCACACAGUCAUACUGCGCACAGUCAUGCUGCACACAGUCAUGCCACACACAGUCAUCCUGCACACAGUCCCAGCCGCAAACAUGGAAUGGUAACGAGAUCGCAAGAACCGACGAGCAAGAAAACAAGCACAGACCGCAAGCCUGUCGUGUCCAGUGGCUACGGAAUAACUAGAGCUGCCUCUGGUAGGAGCACAACUAAAGGCUUGGCAGCGCCAAAGGAUACCACAGAUGGUGCCAUCCGUAGGACUUCCUACAGUGCAACAUCAUCAUCGUCCUCAUCAGCAAGUCGUACGAGCUCCAUGAGAAAGACAACAUCUGCAAGCAGCCUUCCUGCGGCAAAGAAAACAUCCGACAUUUCCAGUCCAAGGAAAUCCUCUGAUGCAACAAGACAAUCAACAACAAGUCACCGCAGUGUCAGCAGUAGUGGAUACGGAAAUGUCAGCAGUAGUGGAUACGGUCGCCCCAGCCGCUCGUCUCUAGGCGAUGCUUCUAAAGAGAUGCAUAGGCCCGCAGGAAGAUCAUCGAUCAGUGAAGAGCCUGGGAAAUCAUCUCCAACUACACGGCCCUCGCGUCUCUCCACCAGUGACCGAAGCAAGACUUCACCUUCAGGUCCUUAUUCACCGAAAAUCAAGAAAUCAAGUACAUCAGCUGGAUCACCAAAGACAGAGUAUCAACCAAGUGCUCUGACCAAACCACGUGCCGGGCCUUACGCUAACCCUACUAUCUCCUCUUCUGAGAAGGUAAGGUCCAGAUCACCUUCUGUUUCACCAUCUACAUCGCCGCAGACCCACCGCAAGUCUGAGGAGAUCAAUCCAGAGUCACGUCUCAUGAUGCCCACUCAGUCUUCACUGAACAAAACCUCUCCAAAGGUUGGCCGCCGAGCCAAGUCGUCACAAUCAUCACCACCACUGCCGCCGGCAUCGGCAUCAUCGGCGUCGUCUUCAACAUCCCUCUCUCCUGAGAGCAGCGGUGGCACGUUGGAGGUGUCACCCACCUCCAGUGUUAUGCAAAUUGGCCGAACGGCAUCCGGCUCUGGCGGUGAUCCUACUAGUUCACCACACUCCUAAGGUUACACCACCAUCGAAUGUCGUGAGAUGCACACGUAGUAGUAAUCGCGUCAUCAUGGUCAUGCUGCUGCUAGUAACAUAACUGUAACCAGUAAAGAUUCUCCUUGUCUAAAGGUACUUAAAUAGCUGCUGUACGAGAUACCGUUGUUGUCAUGGUUGCUAUAAGCAACAGCUGAUAUAGCGGUACGCAGUAGCACCUAUCGACAUGGCUGAUAUGCCAAGCAGUCUAGGAUAUACCGUAACGCCAAGACUUAGAUUGAUAAUGUUAUCGGAAUUGUGACUGGCCAGUUGAUCAAUUGAGCUAAGACAAUCACAAUAAUUCUUUCAGAGGCCAUCCGAACGUCCUAAGAAUAAUUACUUGCGACCAAAGAAAAAAUCCAUUCAUGUACGCAUGCAUGUUGCUGCUACCUGUUGUGUAGAAGAAUGAAGUUUAGUAUUAAUUUUGAUGUUGAUAUCUGGAUCUUGUUAUCUCUCUCUUCAUUUACAAUAAUAGUUCUGCUGCUCGCGUACUCAAAGGUACCGUAUUUGUUUAUACAUUAUUAUCUUUUGGAACGGAUCACUAAACCCUAGGAAAUGACAUGAGCAUGGCAUAUAGUAACCAGUUUCCUCAGUCUAAACAAAUAAAUAAAAUAAUGCUACAUCA